AUGGCUGCUUCCAUUACUAACUGUUUUCUUGAAUGGGGUUUGGAUACUAUUUUUAGUAUUACAGUUGAUAAUGCUAGUUCCAACAAUGUUACUGUGAUAGAAAUGUCUAAACAGUUAAAUAAUUGGGGAGCUAACAUAAUGGAGGGUCAGCAUCUUCAUGUGAGGUGUAUGACACACAUUCUUAAUCUUAUUGUACAAGAUGGGCUAAAGAAAAUUGAUAAGUCUGUCAAGCGAGUAAGACAAUCUAUGAAGUAUGUUAAACAAUCUGCUGCUAGAGUUAAAAAGUUCAAAGAAUGUUGUGAAUAUCAAAUGAUAACUUGCAAUAAAUCUUUAUGUUUAGAUGUUCCUACUCGAUGGAACUCUACAUACUUGAUGCUUGAAAUAGCACAACAUUUUGAGCUUGCAUUUGAAAGAUUUUGUUUCUAUGAUAAUGGUUUUUUGGAUUAUCUUCGUACUUCUCCUUGUGAAGAUGGAACUAAUGCAGGGGCUUUUACAAGUGAGGAUUGGGAAAAUGUGAGGGCAAUGAUAAAAUUUUUGAAAACUUUUUAUGAUCUUACUUUGAAAGUUUCUGGUUCAGAAUAUGUUACUAAUAGUGUGCAUCUUGUGAAAAUUGCUGAGCUUGAUCUGAUUUUGAAAGAGAUGAUAGAAAAUGAAGAUUUUCAUUUGAGAAAAAUAGCAACAAAUAUGAGGGAAAAGUUUAGAAAGUAUUGGGGUGAUCCAAAGAAAAUGAACAAAAUGAUCUUUAUUUCAUCUGUAUUGGAUCCCCGUAACAAACUAGAAUAUGUUCCUUUUGAAAUUGUGGACAUGUUUGGGAAAAAAAUUGGAAACAAUGGUUAUGGAAACUUUCAAAGAAGAGACCUAAUGAGAACAAAACAACAAUUUGAGAAACAUAAAGAAAUUAGUGGAGGUUCAAGCAGUAAAUCUGAGUUGGGAAAAUAUCUUGCUGAAGAGAUUGAGCCAGAUUCGAAAAAUUUUGACAUAUUAGGUUGGUGGAAAAUUAAUGAGCCGAGAUUUCCCAUUCUUGCUGAGAUGGCUCGUGAUGUUUUAGCCAUUCUCAUUUCCAGUGUCGCAUCUGAAUGA